AUGGGUUACCAAAUGGAAAUGAUUGUGGACCAAAUCGCAAAAUGCGUCCAAAAUAAUAAUGAAAUUAAAAGCACCGAGGAAGAACUAAGACAGUCCGCCGCAAAUAUUAAACGGGUUGAGGUAAUUGCAGAGAAAAUCCUCAAAGCCACUAAGGAUACAGCGAAACCUGACAUGGGAUCAGUCAGAACUGGUCCUGCUAAACCACAACCCAACUUGAAAUUUGGAGUCUCUGAUGCAGACAAGGAACUGUGCAGAGAGUUCUUUGAGCGGCUCAAGUUACCAACGGCAGACAUACAAGUUGAGGUUGUAGUUGCAGUGGCGACGGGUAUCUCUGUUGCACUGCAACUAGCUGUGUUGUCCAAAUUGAAAUUGCACCGGAAAAUUGUAAACGCGAAGCACAACAUGGUGGCGUACCGCAUAGAACACAGAACAGCCAAAGGUGUGGAAAUAGUGCAGGGGUACGAUGAAGACGGCGAGGCGCACGCCGGCGGCAGGUUGUUGCACCUCUUGCAGACCAACAACUGCCUGAAUACUGCGGUGGUAGUGACGCGCUGGUGA